AAGAAAUUUGGGUAAAGAGAGAGAAUCAGGGCCAAAUUAUUCAAAAUGGGAUGAUAAUUAAGCAUAUAGUUGAAGCUGAUGCUGCUUCAUUUUGCACCUUCUUGAGGCCAAGCUCAUGAAGGAACAAAACCCCAAAAAAUUUUAUUCAAAAAGCUGAAAUCUUGAUGUUUUUUUGAUUCAUUUUCAUUGUAUGUUGGAUUGAAUUUUUGAGGAUUUGUGGGGUGAAGGUUUUUUUAAAAUUUUUAGUCUCCGAUGGAGCCUCGUGUUGGUAAUAAGUUCCGGCUUGGCCGGAAAAUUGGUAGUGGUUCUUUUGGGGAGAUCUACCUCGGUGGUAAUGUUCAAACUAAUGAAGAGGUUGCUAUCAAGCUGGAAAAUGUGAAAACAAAGCAUCCUCAACUAUUGUACGAAGCAAAGCUGUAUAAAAUACUACAAGGAGGAACUGGAGUCCCCAAUUUAAAAUGGUUUGGAGUUGAAGGAGAUUACAAUGUCCUUGUGAUGGAUUUACUGGGACCUAGUCUUGAAGAUCUUUUCAACUUCUGCAGUAGGAAGAUGUCCUUGAAGACCGUUCUCAUGCUUGCAGAUCAGAUGAUCAAUCGGGUUGAGUUUGUUCAUGCCAAAUCUUUUCUUCAUCGCGAUAUAAAACCUGACAACUUUCUUAUGGGAUUAGGAAGACGUGCAAAUCAGGUCUAUGUUAUUGAUUUUGGGCUGGCUAAGAAGUACAGAGACUCAUCAACCCAUCAGCAUAUUCCGUAUAGAGAAAAUAAAAAUUUGACAGGAACUGCUAGAUAUGCAAGCAUGAACACUCACCUCGGCAUUGAACAAAGUCGAAGGGAUGAUUUGGAAUCAUUGGGUUUUGUCCUGAUGUACUUUUUAAGAGGAAGUCUCCCUUGGCAGGGGCUGAAAGCAGGCAAUAAGAAACAGAAGUAUGAGAGGAUCAGUGAGAAAAAAGUUUCAACGUCAAUAGAGACCUUGUGUCGAGGCUAUCCUGCAGAGUUUGCAUCAUAUUUUCAUUACUGUCGAUCACUGAGAUUUGAUGAUAAACCAGAUUAUGCUUAUCUCAAGAGAAUUUUCCGUGACCUUUUCAUUCGUGAAGGGUUUCAGUUUGAUUAUAUAUUUGACUGGACCAUAUUGAAAUAUCAGCAAUCACAGCUUGCCAAUAUUCCAUCUCGUGCUCUUGGCGGUACUGCUGGGCCAAGUUCAGGGAUGCCUCAUGGUCUUGUUAAUGUCGAAAAGAAAUCAGGUGGUGAAGAAGGACGGCCAACUGGUUGGUCUUCAUCAAAUCUGACACGUAAUAAGAGCACUGGGCUCAAUUUCAAUUCUGGAAGUUUAUUGAAGCAAAAAGGCACAGUUGCUAAUGAUUUAUCCAUGGGUAAAGAGUUACCUAGUUCUAAUUUUUUCCAGUCAAGUGGAUCAGCAAGGCAUCCUAAUGUCUCUAGCAGUCGAGACCCAGUGAUUGCUGGGGGUGAACCUGACCUCUCCCGCAAUCAGACACUAGACGCAGCAGGCGCACGAUCUCUGCGUAAAAUAUUCAAUGCUGCACAGAAGACUUCACCAGUUGUGUCCUCAGAUCACAAGCGCAGCUCCUCCACAAGAAACACAAACCUAAAGAAUUUAGAGUCUGCCAUCAAAGGAAUAGAGGGUUUAAGCUUUCGAUGAUGAGGGACUGGAUUAGUAGCUCUGCUUUGUCACAAUUCCCCUUCUACUGUAUAUUUUGGCACAUCAAAACACACCAACUUGGCGGAGUACAAGUUCUGAUAUUAGUUGUUUCCAGCAGGAACCAUAAGCAAUGCAACCCCCGCAAACUCACAAAUCCCAGUUUAUGUUUGUCCAUACAGACAGACAGUUAUAGGCACUUUGCAUACUCUUUUUCGUCUCUUAUCUCUCCUGUUCUUGUUCAAUCGUGUUCUUAUUUACGUUAUGUUGUGAAUUAUGAAGAGCCUCAUGUAUAAUUGCCGAUUUAUAUGUUCUACAAGAUGUUUGAUGCUAGCAGAUUCUUUUGCUUUGGACAUGAACAAACUCUUCUUUGUUCAAGCAAUCUAAAUAUCAAUCA